CCAGAAUGUCAGUGAUUGAUGGAUUUAUAACCGUUGAAAGUGGAUAUAAUCUCACAUAACAAAAAGAAUGCACUUUUUGGACUCUUGUUGUGGAUUUCUAAAUCCGUUGAUCGUUCUCCCAUGACCUAUUUUCGUGGUGUGCAUCCCACUUCUGUAAAGAAGAAAACGAUCAUGAUAAAAAACACAAAUUAUGCCAUCAUGUCCCUGCCUUUCUCAGAACACAUGAAAUGGGGAGGGAUUGUUCGAGGACUGUAUCCACCCUCUCGCUCCAUCUUUCUUCUUCUACUAUUUUCCUUGCAGCUGGAUGCAGUAAGUAGUGUGGCAGGUUUGGAAUAUGACUGGGGAACACAACCCAAGCUCGUUUGCAUCCCCAUCCCUGCUGAUGCAGAUCCUAGUUGUUUCACACCAGGUGGGGCUUCACAUGGGACUUUACAUGGGCCAUCUUCGCAUGGGCCAUCCCAUGGGUCUUCGCAUGGGCCAAACAGCAAUGGCCAUGGAAAUGGACAUCAUGGGCCAGUUAGUGGUCUGCCAAACAGCAACGGACAUUUGAAUGGACAUCAUGGGCCAGUUAGUGGUCUGCCAAACAGCAAUGGACAUGGGAAUAGCCAUGGGAAUGGACAUCAUGGGCCAGUUAGUGGUCUGCCAAGUAGUCACAGCAGUAGUAGUAGCCGACAUGGCAUAUCCGAUGAGGCCAAAGCCACUAUCCUUCACCUGAGGGAGAGCCUUGUGCGACAGAAGGAGACCAUCUUGGACCAGCGGGAGACCAUUCGGGAGCUGACAGCAAAACUGACUCUCUGCGAGAGCUUUGGGAGAGGACAUCAUGACGACAACCAUCAUGGCCCUUCACAUCACGGCUCCCAGCAUUCCUCACAACACUACGACAGCCACCAUGCUGACCCACACUACCCUUUAAACGGGCAUCGCAGUGACCAUCAAAGAGGCAAAUCUCCAUAUCUAGGCAAACAUGGGGGAUUCUCUCCAGAGCAGACUGGAAAGACACUGCAGGCCCUGAAGGAGAGGCUGGAGAAUCUGCAGGCGAGAAAUUCCUCCAGUUCUUACUCGAGUUCAUUGCGAGACCUCCUGCAACGCAAAAUCAACACACUGGAAGAACAGCUUCAUCAUCAUUACGACAGUCACUACGGUCACUAUGAUCACCACGACCAUGAUUACCACCAUACUGACCACCCUAGUAACCACCAUGAUGACAAUCACGAUAACCAUGACAACCAUCAUGACGACCAUCACUCCAACCGCCAUCGUAACCACCAUUACAGUUAUCACUACGACCAUCACGGCGACCACCAUGAUGACCACCACGACGACCACCAUGAUGACCACCAUGACGAUCACCAUGAUGAUCACCACGACAAUCAUCACAACGGCCAUGACAACCAUCAAGACAGCCACCCUAACAACAACCACCAUGACGAUCAUCAUGAUGAUGGCCAUCAUGGCAAUGGUCACCACGACGAUGACCAUUAUGGCAAUGGCCACCAUGAUGAUGGACACCAUGGAAAUGAUGAUAAUGUCCAUCAUCCACCAACCUCUUUCAAGCCACCAGGGUCAAGAUCUCCUGUCCGCGGAGCCAUCAAUAAGCUAGACGCAGUGUUGAGCAACAUUCACCACAAACCUCCUGAUGCAGGAUCAAACAAGAAGCCCAAGAAUCCUGACGCUUUUCAGAUUGGCUUCCCGAUGCGCACCAACUACAUGUACGGGCGAAUCAAGCGCACCCUUCUGAGCGAGAUCUUUGCCCUCACUGUCUGUCUUUGGUUGAAAGGAGGCUCAGGUCCUGGCCUCGGAACCCCCUUCUCCUACUCUGUCCCGGGACAAGCCAACGAGCUCGUCCUCAUUGAGUGGGGCAACAAUCCCAUGGAGCUGCUGGUAAACGACAAGGCAGUCACUCUUCCUCUUUCUCUGACCGAUGGGAAGUGGCACCAUCUCUGUGUAACAUGGUCCACACGUGAUGGCAUGUGGGAGGCUUAUCAAGAUGGUGUGAAAAGGGGCACUGGAGAGAAUCUGUCACCCUGGCAUCCCAUUAAACCAGGAGGAGUCUUCAUCCUCGGCCAGGAGCAGGACACUCUGGGCGGACGUUUUGACGCAACACAGUCUUUUGUGGGUGAGAUGUCAGAUCUGCAGCUGUGGUCACGCGUUCUCACAUCUACCGAGAUCUACAACCAAGCAUCCUGCUCCAGCCACCUCACUGGAGACGUCAUCACCUGGAGUGAGUCUAUGGUGGAACUUCAUGGUGGAGUCACCAAGUAUCCAUUCGACCCUUGUCAUUAAGGAUCAAAAAUAGUAGGAAAUGAUGAAUCCAAAUGGGAAAGCUGAACAGGAAGACACAUAGGCCAUGAGCCUUUUACUAAGGACUUUAUUAGCUUAAGUGUCUAUGAAUUGCAAACAGCAUAUCAAUAAGCACUUAG